GGAGAGGAGUAUGUAUACAGACAAGACUGGGGUGAGACCUUGGCGGGCAGACACCAUCCGGUGUUGUGUGUGUGUGACCUAGUGACUGGCACAGUCACCACGCCAGACGGUAUACCGGACGACCUCUCUGUUGGUCAGGCAUUGUUUGUACCAGACGGUAUAGUGGGCGUGGGUUGGUGUCACGAACCGCGCCGGCUCGGCAUCGUCUUCUGCACAAACAGACUCAGUUACGUGUUCCACCUCACUGAAGACGGCACUUUCGUGAAGCUAUCAGGAGAAGGUCUGGGUGCACAUUCACCGCGUUUGUCUCCAAACCGAGACUAUCUGGUGUGGCUACAGCGGCCAGCCCAAGGGCCCCACCACGGUUGUCACCAGCUCGUAAAGGCGGUGUGGGGGGCUCUGCCCCACCCGUUAGUACCCAUGGUGGCCUCCCGUGUUCAGUGUGCUAGCGGCCACGAGUUCUACGGCCUGUACUGCCAGUCGCUGCCAUCCAGAUGUUUUGUGGACAACUCCACUCUUCUGCUCAGCACGCAGCAGCAAACUGUGGCACACUCGUACGUUGUAAACACAGAGACUGGAGACCUGUACCAAGUAGAGAACGAGCGAGGCAGCCUGGUCGUGGUAGAUGUGUACGAGAACACAGUUCUGUGCAGUUCUACCCAGGUGGAUACUCCAACUGGACUGUUACUGGGAGAGGUCUCGGGCCACUCUGUACUGUUACGGUCUCUGCUACAGCGAGAAGCCCAUCCCUCUGCCGGAUUCCAAGCCUGGACUGCGGGUGUUCCAACUGAAGGCAGAGGGCCAGGACUCUGUAACUACAAUGCUAUCUACUACGGGCCUAUGGACGGGGAAGCUAAAAGUGUUCCCCUGAUUGUUUUUGCAACACUGCAGGUGAACUACCGUGGUUCUACAGGUCAGGGUCAGGAAUCUGUGGACUUUCUGCCUGGCCGGGUUGGCAACACUGAUGUGAAGGACUGCCACCAGGCCACAUUGACCACACUGCACGCACUACCCUGCCUGGACCCUGACAGAGUGGUACUGUACGGCGGCUCUCACGGUGGCUUCCUGGUCACCCACCUAAGUGGCCAGUAUCCGGACUUUUACAAAAGCCGUAGCGGCACGUAA